AUGUUAUUUUUCUUACAAUUUUUGUCAAUCUCAACAGUCGUUUUGGCUGCGAAAACCAUUCUUCUUACCAAUGAUGAUGGCUGGGCAUCGACAAAUAUUAGAGCUACGUACCGAGAUUUGAAGUCGGCAGGAUAUGACGUAAUAUUGGUAGCCCCAGUGUCUCAACGGUCAGGUUGGGGUGGAAAGUUUGAUGUUCCACAAACAAAGGAGUUGCUAAACGACGGGGAAUUCGGAUACGUUAAAAAAGGAGCCCCUUCCUGGGGACAAGAUCAAGAUGAUAAAAAUAUAUGGUACUUUAAUGGGACCCCUUCUUCAUGUGUGUCAUUUGCAUUGGAUUACCUCUUCCCCGAAUAUUAUAGUGAUAAAACCAUUGAUUAUGUAUUUGCCGGACCAAAUGAAGGUCCAAACUUAACCCCAGGGUUCUUCACUGUCUCAGGUACCAUGGGCGCAACUUAUUCAGCCAUUUACAGAGGAAUUCCUGCAGUUUCAUUCAGUGGAUCAGAUUUCAAUAACUCCUUCUUUAAGGAUUCUCUUAAUAAUGAUGAAUCGAAUCCAGCAAAUAUAUACGCUAAAAAGGUUGUUGAAAUCGCACAAAAACUCUCAAAUGCAAGCACACCAUUACCACCAAGAACCGGAUUGUCCAUCAACUUCCCGAAAGUGGGGACUCUUAAGUCAUCUUGUACCAACCCAGUAUGGCAAUAUACCAGAGUAGAUGGCUCAUGCAUAUUCCAACAGAACAUGGCCUACAAUAAGGAUUCUGGACUUAUGAAACUCGGAGUAGAAUGCUAUGAUGUCCAGUCCGGCUACAAAGUGGAUGAUUAUGGGUUAGCGGGAGAGUAUCUGGUUUACCUUGCUGACAAUUGUACUACUACAUUAAGUGUAUUCUCUACAGAGUAUGAUGCUUCCCAAGACGAAAUUCAAACUAUCCACAAUAUUUUAAAUUUAGCAUAA